UGGCCUUCUUCCUACUGCCCCUAAAAGCAACGCGGCUGCUUUAACUUUCGGGACUUUCUAAACAAGUGAAAGUGACUCAACAGCGUCUCCUUAUUCCUUAUGAAUGGACACAGACCGCGACACUUGAGAAGCGCUGCAUGUUUUCACUGUGAUUUGCGUAAAAAAUAGCGAAGAAUGGGCAUAAGCGCGUUGUUCAUCGCGUGCAGCUGUUUCCUUUUAUACACAGGAGAGUCUGCGGAAACCCCAUGUCCUUUUGUAAUGACCCCAUCCAGAGUUGUGGUGCAAUAUGGACACGCUUUUACAGUCAACUGCACCUCAACUACAGAUGAAGUCGAAGGAAUGGGCUGGGAGUCAAACUACAAAGGCACUGGACUCAUAUAUUCUCCUCACGUCCAGUUAAACAUCGAGAAAGUGGACAGUUUUGAUAUAGCAUCUCAAUGCUACAUCAAUUUAAAAAACUCUCCACAAUGCACCGCAUUCCUGCCAAUCAUAGUUUACAAAAUACCUGACAGUGUGCUUAUAGUGUCUGAAAAUCAGCCCAUUGAGGAGCAGCAAGACUUUGAAAUGCAGUGUAAUGUAUCCAAUGUUGCGCCUGUGAAUUCUACGGUUGUAACAUGGUACUUAGGGGAUACCAGGAUUAAGAGAGAGAUGCUUACUUCCGGAGUUAGUCAAAAACCAUCUACCCAGUCGUCUGUCAUCAAAAUAACAGCAGACAAAGAUGCUCAUCGAAAGAAAUUAAUGUGUGAAGCCAAAUUUGACUUUGGACCAGCAGGGCCACAUCUCCUGCCAAUUAGAUCACCUCCAGUGGAUCUUCAUGUACUAUAUAAACCCUUCUUUAAAGAGCCCAAAGUGGAGAGGGUUGAGGUGCCAGCUAAUGGUAAAAUAACAUUGAACUGCACUGCCCAGGGAAACCCCACGCCUAAUUACCACUGGCAGGUCCCUAAGCCCACUGGACAGAAGGUGGGGCAUCAACCCAUUUUGGACCUCCAGGGGCCAUUCCCAGGAACUUACAACUGCACCACAUCCAAUUCCCAAGGCUCCAGCGUCAAGCAGUUUGUUCUCACAGAUGCUCCAAGAGACUACACAGUGCUAGCAACUGUACUUGGAAUCCUGGCAGCCCUGGGUUUCUUGCUCCUCAUCAGUGGACCAUUUAUUGUGACUAAAGAUGGGACUUUUUCACUCAACAAAGGCGGCUACAGCAAAGGACAGCCCUCGCAACCAAUAUGCUGCUGGGUGUAUUUAGUUUCAGGUGAUGGGUGCUCACUGAGUCUAAAGCCCUCCCGGGUAGUGGUGGGCUUUGGGGAGGCUGUGUCCGUCAGUUGUGAAGCCACUCGGCCAGUGCGUGUUUUGGGAUGGGAGUCAGCCAUCGGUCCCUCACACACUCAGCAGGAACAGUCUGUGCAGUGGAAAGUGGACAGCCUUAUUGACUGGAUUGAGGAACCCAUUUGUUAUGGAGUGUUUCACACUGCACCAAGGCAAUGUGAGGAGAAACUCAACCUUGUAUUGUACAAGAUCCCUGAUAGUGUCAGUAUUCGACCUGUGGACCACACUGGGCCUAUGGUGGAGGCAAAGAAAUACCAGCUGCUCUGUGAGGUGCAGAACAUUGCUCCAGUUCAGUAUCUCACCCUGAAAUGGUACAGAGGAGAUGCAAUGGUCCAUAACCAUUCCUUUUCGGACCUCACAUCGUCUUCGCCUGUCCAAGUGUCUUCGAUCCUUGAGAUCUUUCCAUCUAGAGCUGAAAAUGGUGCCAGCUACAGGUGUGUGGCUGAGCUGGAGCUGGGACCAGAAGGACCUCAACAACCACCAAGUGUGACAUCUGAUUCACUCAAUGUCUCUGUCCAAUUUCCACCAACAUUCAUCGGGUCUGAAACAGAAGUGGUAGAGCUAAUAUCUGGUGCUGAAAUUGUCUUAAACUGCACUGCUUUGGGGCACCCCUCCCCUGUGUACUCCUGGCAGUCACCCUCUCCCAUGCAACUGACUGGGGAUGAAGCUAUCCUUAUAUCGUCCACACUUGUACCUGGAGCCUACAUAUGCACUGCCUCAAAUUCACUGGGGAAAAAGACCAAGAAUUUCACGGUUAAAGCGAAGACCAAAGGUGUUUAAAGCAAGCAACAAAUUGGAGUACAAUGACAACACUUGCAACAGUUUUUCAUUCCUUAUUUCCUUUUUAAUCAAAGAGGAUUUUAUUUUGCUGCUGUAAUAGCAAAUCUGACACUAUUUAUGUAUUAGAUUGUUAUCCAACUGAAUUAUAAAAACGCACUAAUACUAUGUUUAUAAUAUAAUAACACAUACGAACUGUGGCCAUUUAUUUUGAGUAU